GAGUAGGAAUUUUGUCUACUCCAUAUGCGCUAUCUUCGGGAGGGUGGUUAAGCAUGAUACUUCUACUCGUUAUUGCAUGUGUGACCUUCUACACAUCCUUGUUAAUAAAGAGAUGUAUGGAUUUUGAUCCUACUAUAAGAAGUUAUCCUGACAUUGGUGAUCGGGCAUUUGGGAAAGCAGGAAGAAUACUGGUUGCGGUUUUUAUGAAUCUAGAGCUUUACUUGGUCGCGACUGGUUUUUUAAUUCUUGCUGGGGACAACUUGCAUAAUCUAUUACCGGAGGUGAACUUUGGAUUUUGGGGACAUAGUUUUGGUGGGAAACAAAGCUUUGUCUUGAUUGUUGCUCUUGUUAUAUUGCCAACCGUAUUAUUAAAGAACAUGAGCAUUCUUGCAUAUGUAUCAGCCUCUGCAGUUUUAGCUUCUCUCGUUAUAAUUGGUUCGAUUUUCUGGGCAGCAAUGUAUGAUGGUAUUGGAUUUAACAAAAAGGGAAUACUUGUGAAUUGGGGAGCAAUCCCUACAUCUUUUAGCUUAUAUGCCUUCUGCUAUUGUGGACAUCCUGUUUUCCCAACUCUGUACACCUCAAUGAAAAAUCAGAAGCAAUUUUCUAAGGUAAUGCUUCUGUGCUUUCUGUUCGCUACCACAACCUAUGCAUCGAUAGCAGCUAUGGGGUACUCAAUGUUUGGCUCGGACGUGGAGACACAGAUUACCUUGAACCUUCCAACUGAAAAGUUUAGCUCAAAAUUGGCCAUAUACACUGCCUUGGUCAGUCCAAUUGCCAAGUAUGCACUAAUGAUGACACCAAUUGUCAACAGACUCGAGGAACAUUUCCAGUCUUACAACGAUGAAGGAUCAUCAUCAUUUAGUCCCCUGACCAGGACCACCUUGGUUGUGAGCAGUGUCAUUAUAGCUCUGGCUAUACCCUUCUUUGGCUAUCUCAUGUCACUAGUUGGAGCAUUUCUUAGUGUCACAGCUUCAAUUUUGCUACCAUGCUUGUGCUACUUGAAGAUUUCGGGCACUUACAAGAAGCUUGGAUUUGAGCUGGUCAUAAUAGGCUUGACUGUGCUAAUGGGAGUCCUAAUCUUAGUUACUGGUACAUACACAUCUUUGAUAGAGAUAAUACAACAUUUUUAGACUUUUUCUAUUACUAAUUCAUUCGUUAGUUCUAUAGUUUCGUGAUAGUUGUUUCUGAAAGCAAAG